AGCAACCAUUUCUCUUUCUCUCUGGCUGCAUUCUUGCAGCCAUUGAGAAAUACGGUGAGAGCUGUGAUUGGUCACAGCUUGUCACAUGAUACAAGGCUGUUGUGCAUAGCCUUGCACCAUGUGACCUCUGUGAUCAUUCACAGAUUUUACACGUAGUAAGCAAUGAUGUCAGAAGUGAGAUCUUGCUUACUACUAUUCAUGUGAUCACUGAUUUGCAAAUCAGUGAUCCCGUAUAGUGAUCGGUGUUCAGGCACAGCGGUCACCGGAUCGCGGUUUCACGCGCUCCCAGGGAGCGCGCACAGGCUGAAAAUGUGGACGCCAUUUAUGA